UGGUAAACAGACGUCAGAAGGGAGUCUUCGCCUCGAGUCAAAACAAAACAAAACAAAACAAGUCAAAAAGAUACUGAAGGAGUGAAUAUUUGGACAGCCACGACGAAAGGAAGUUUUACAAAAGUCAUCGCGGAUUAAAAACGGCUACUUGGUGGAAGUUAUCGGGGUCUUUUCACGGACUUUUUCACGGAUUGUAAACUCUGGAGUAGCAGGAGCUUAACCAGCUAACGUUACGGUGGCUAUCGUGCUGUUUUCAAAGUGCGGCGGGUGGGAGCCGACAGACCUCCGAGGCAACACAACUUUAACCAACACCCGGGAAUCUGCUUUGUAGUUCGUUCACCGAGACCGUGUGGUGAAGAUCGGCCGAGCUCCGGGCCUCGGUAGAGAGGCUUUUAUAACCGCUUCUUCGAGCAUCGUGUGCCGCGGCAGGAGUGUGGAGAGAAACAUGGCAGAUGGUGACAUGCGCCUGGCCGCAAUGUGGCGGAUCGUGCAGACCUGAUGCACGGACUUUACUCACUUACCUUUCUCUCAGCUUCCCACUUUUAUUAACUUUAAAAAACACAAUUAGUCAGUUAGCUAAUCCCGCUCUCCCACACCGUUUUGCCUCGCUCUAUAUUUCUCUGUUUGUUUAGUCACAGCGGCUUUUACAUACAGGCCGAAGAGCUGGCGGCCAGAGUCUCUGCUGCUUUUACACUUUUUUUUGGCAGUUGGCUAACAGAACUGUUGCUAGGAUAUUCAGCCGUUAUAUGCUCGUGCACCUAACUUUGAUUUAACCGGACUGGUUUGUGACUGUUUGGGUUAUUUAUUUAUUUUAAAGUUUGUGUGGAUGUUUCUUUGGCUUAUGGAGAGCCCAGACAUCACGUUGUUUACAAGUGGAGACGGACAGAGGCUCUCCUGAGAAGAUCCUUUGUAAUCCCUGUUUGUAGUCUUCAUAGCUUUACAGUUUAAAAAAAACUCCCUGGCUUGAAUGAGACAGUUUAAAUAUAAAUUGACACAUUUGGUACGAAAUAAUCCUUUAUUUUUGAUUUAUUCCUAAAAUAUUAAGUUUUUAACUAUAUAGAUACAUAUACAUACAUUCCUUGUAUGUAUGUACGUAUGUGUGUGUGUAUGUAUAUAUAUAUAAAUAUAUAUCAUUUUUUUAAACAACAUUUACCCUUGGAUAAAUAUUUAAAUUGAGUGUUUAUUAACAGGAAUGGCAUUAUUUUGUAUCCAUAUAUCUUUAAAAUUUUGGUGUUAAUUUUUCCGAAACCUCUGUAGAUCCAGAUGUUUUGGUGCUGAUUGCCACUCUGCCACUUUUGUUUUUAUUUCAUUCAAACAAAGGGACUCUCAUCACAGCCCUCCUUCAUUCUAUAUAAAUCGGAAGGUUUAUGAUAGUUACUAUUAAAGAGAUUAUUUGGGUUCCCUAAUCUCCAAUCUGAGGAUUAACCGAGGCUAUUGGUGUGUAGAGAUUAUUACGUCUCCUCUCCAGGCCCCUCUGUUUACACCCCCGCAGUGGCUGAAGCAUAUUGUUUUUGUCUCAGGGACUGUUUUUUUUUUAACGCAUCAUCCACUUAAAGUUUCCUUUAACUUUUAUAGUUAAAUGUUUUGAGUAGUCCAUUUUUUUUUUUGAUUGAGUGGAAAUUCACAGCACCGCCAUGGAGGAGUCGGUGCUCCCGAUUGACCCAGAUUUCGAGCCGCAGAGCAGACCCCGCUCUUGCACGUGGCCGCUCCCGAGACCCGACAUCUCGGCUGUCAAACCGGAGGGGGCCGAUGGCUCCGAGUCCGCUGCCGGGACCCCGCCCGCCGACGAGGACAAACCAGAGCCCCAGCAAAUCACAUCCGAGCCCGAGAAGGCUGCGGCUGCGGCGGCCGAGGGAGGGGCCGCGGCCGGCGUGGGCGGAGCCGGCGCGACGCCCCGCAAAGGAUCAUCCAGGCGCAACGCGUGGGGGAACCAGAGCUACGCAGAUCUGAUCAGCCAGGCCAUCGAGGCCUCACCUGAGAAGAGGCUGACCCUGGCACAGAUCUACGAGUGGAUGGUGAAGACAGUGCCUUACUUCAGAGACAAAGGAGACAGCAACAGCUCAGCUGGCUGGAAGAAUUCAAUUCGCCACAAUUUAUCACUCCACAACAAGUUCUUGAGGGUACACAAUGAAUCGACAGGCAAGAGCUCCUGGUGGAUGCUCAACCCAGAAGGAGGGAAAACCGGGAAAGCUCCUCGCCGCCGGGCGGCCUCCAUGGACAACAGCAGCAAACUGCUGAAGAGCCGCAUGAGGGCCAAGCAGACCAAGAAGCAGGCGGGAGCCGCCGGCCUGGGGGGAGCUGGAGGGUCGCUGCAGGGCGACGGGAGCACGGGUUCAGCAGGCGCUGACAGCCCUAACUCAUCCCAGCAGUUUCCCAAAUGGGGGGUAAACAGCAGCAGCCCCUCGUCCCGCGGGAGCCUGGACGACGCUGACAUGUGGACUACCUUCCGCCCACGCACAAGCUCCAACGCCAGCACCUUGAGCGGACGUCUGUCCCCCAUCGCUCCUGGACAGGAGGACGAUGAUAACCUGCCAGAGGACGGACUUCUGGGAAGAUACAGUGCCAGCAGCUUGACUCCCACCCUCACAGAGACCCUCAUGGAGGAGCUUGAUCUGAUCGACGGCCUCACAUUGAUGACCGGGCAGCAGGGAGGGGCCAGUCCCAGCACAGCACCACCAGCACCUCCCACUCCACUGCCCUCCGCCUCCACCCUACUGCCCCGCGGCUCCAGCUUCUCCUCCUUCCAUCAGCUGCAGCAGUCCAGCCUCCCACAGUCCGCCGCUCACAGCGGGACUCAGGCGUCCGUCUCUCAGUGUGGUAGCAAAGAGCCGUCAACCUUCAGCAACUCCCUCUUCAACCCCAUGUCCAACUCCGGCUCUCGGGGUGGCCAUUACACCACCCACGUGCCUUCCAGCCUGGAGGCGCUACUUACCUCCGACUCCCCGCCUCCCAGUGACGUCAUGAUGACCCAGGUGGAUCCCCUCAUGCCCAGUCCUGGAGGCGUGGCUGUGAUGGGCCUGAGCACAUCUGUGGUGGGCUUGAGAUCCAAACCCAACCAGCUGCUGUUGGGGAAAGGGCUUGAGCCGAAAACGGUGGCCCCCAUGGCGCUGCAGAUGCAGCAGCGACACCUUCACCACCAGCAGCAGCAGCAGCAGCAGCAGCAGCAACAACAACAACAACAACAACAACAACAACAACAACAACACCACCAGCAGCAGCACCAGCAUCACUCUCAGAUGGGGUUGGGGAUGAUCCUCUCAGGUAUUUCUCAGGACCCAUCACAGCUCUCUGCCCUCAAAGCCCAGCACGCCGCGGUGCCAGCGGUGGGCUCUCAUCACAUAGGGCCCAUCGCCUCGGCCAACCCCGGCGUGAGCCUGCUGGGGAUGAGUCAGUUCGGAGCUCCGUCCUGCUUCCCGACCGGUCAGGACCGACUGCCCACAGACUUGGACAUUGACAUGUUCACCGAAAACCUGGAUUGUGACGUGGACUACAUCAUCAACAGUGACCUCAUGGACGGAGACGUCAUCGACUUCAACUUUGACCCCAUACUGCCUGGAGGCCAAGGCUACGCCGGCCCGGCCUCCACACAGGGCUCCGCUCACAGCUGGGUGCCCAGCUAGUUCCUCAGCUGAACACACAGAGUCAGACAGGAAAUGAUCUCCAAUCAAGGUAACCUCAAACAACAAGACGACCGGUGCAUUCCUCCUCCCUGCUGGCUGAAGAUACUAUUUUUCAAAUAAGAUGCUUCUCAGACUUUAGAGACAGAACCUCACCCAUGUCAUGUGCCAAGACAUGCGAAGGACGGGGAGGAGCUUCAUGCUACUAUGCACAAUAUUUCUCCCUUUCUUCUAACCCGAACUGAUGUUUUUUUAAAAGACGUGUGACAUGGUGUUUUUAAGAGUGAAAAGACAAAUCAUUAACUCCCCUCUGCUGGGAGUUUAUAUUUCAGUUAUGUUAUGCCAGAAUAGCUUUAGGGUGGAUACGGUACUUGAUGGCUUUGGUAUUGAAGACUCAACGGACUGUGCGUUUUUUUUUUUUGGAGAAAUGGCCAGUUUUCCAUACUACACUAGCAUGAAUUGCCAGACCAAAUGCCGCGAAAAAGUUGCAUCACAGGAUUGUGUUUUGAACAGGAGGAAGAUAAAAGACUGGACGACUGGAGGUAUAAAAUGUUUGAUUCAACAUCUCGCCCAAUUGUAAACUACGAUUAUAUUUACGGUUUAAAUUUUUACUUUAGAGAAAGAAAAGAUAAUGCAUUUGUUUUUCUCUAAAGAAAUUUAGUGAUUCAACAGUUAAGAGGGUCUGUAUUUGCAGUUUGGCAAUUUUGACUUCAAACCAGUGUGUUAUGGUAGAUGUCAGUUAGAGGGUCUUUUUUAUUUUUUAUCCCUGAUGUGCAGUUAAACUAACAAAAUGAAGAAAUGUGAUUUUUUUUUUUUGAAUUUAUACAAGGGGCAUUCAAGGGUAAAUUUAUUUGCCAACAAGUGAUUGGUUGGCCAAGUAUUACAUUGUUUCAGACAGCAGUAUGCCUCCACUGUCAAACGACUACUUGAUUAUUUCUUCCUUUUCGUUUUCAUCGAGCCUGUGCAUUUUCAAAGCACUUAGGUUUCCUGCGACACAGGAACCCCAAACUAGGAGACACAUUAGGUUAUACCAUUUCAUGAAAAGUGUUUAAAUCACGUGUAAAUCAUGUUGCACAUGUACACAAUGACACGCUAUGCAGAUUUAUCAGGGGAACUAAAUGAAAUCUUGAAGGAAAUUUAAAAAAUCACUUCUUGAAGGGUUUUGUUAUUUGACAAUGUUCCUGAUAUGUGAGGGGGGGGGG